AUGGAGAAACACUCCAUGCGUCACCUCCUGUGGACUGCACUGUUCCUGUUGUACUGCAGUUGCGGGUGUUUGGCUGCUGUUGUGCAGCAGUUACCACAAAAAGGAGAAAGUGGUCUACAGGCAUACACCGUCUCUGAUACUCCUGAUGAAGAAUGGCAUCCCAUUCAAAUUACUGUUUCUGCAGAGAAUGUGGAUCAAGUGAUUCGUCGUUGCAUGAAGAGGAAAGAGUUAUCAGAAGAUGAUCGAGCCAUCNAAAAAAAAAAAAAAGAAAAAAAUUUGCAAGGGAUAAAAGAUUACACUUAUUAUUAA